CAUUUCAUUGGCUGCGGGUGCUAUCAAGCAUACAGCGGAUAGGGUUUGCCCUCUAGAAGUCGGAUCUGAAAAUAUUUUUUAUUUCUUUCACUAGAAGUGUGUAAGUGAGCUACUCCAGGUUCUGUUCUGCCACCAGCUCAGCAUGGCUCCAAAGAAAAACGCGAAAGGCAACACAAAAUCAAAAGGGCUCCUCCCCCUCCCCUGAUCCCUAGGAGCUGCUGAACUGUGCAGGGAUGGAAUGUGACUUUCAGACAUCUUCUCAAAACAAAGCCCGAUAUGGGAUUUGUUUCCUACUGCUUUUGGUCUGCCAGGAUCCCAGCCUCCGAUACUGGAACGUACAGUCCAACCUCCGUAAAACCGUCACCAGGUUGUCAGUCGUGUCAAGGGUGCAGAACAAGGAGAGCCGGAAUGUCCUGAGAGACGGUGCUAAAAGCCAGUCAGCCAGUAAGAAUGGGAAGAAGGCCGACUCUGGCUCCAGCAGCAGCAGUUUCUUCACCUGGUUCAUCGUGCUGGCCCUGCUUGGCGUCUGGACAUCUGUAGCUGUGGUCUACUUUGACUUGGUUGACUAUCAAGGAGUUCUUGACAAGGCUAAGGGCAUACAGAUUAACCUGUCUGAAACUUUGCAAGGUAAACUGGCCGCAUACGAUACAGAUGGAGAUGGGGACUUUGAUGUCGAGGAUGCCAAAGUGCUGCUAGGGCUGAAAGAGAAGGCUGUUGUCACCACUACCCGCAGAGAGGAGGCUGCUUCUCCUGAGGAUGCUGAUGAACCUGAACAAACACCAGAAGCCAUAAUUGAACCUGACCCUUUGCCUGUGGAGGAUAUGACUGAGGAUGUGAUUGAAGCUGCUGUGGCAGAGGAUACUGCGGCGCUAGCACCAGAACCUGAACCUGAAGUACCUGCUGAGUCUGAGGUGGUAGCUCCUGAACCAGAACCAGAGUCUGUGGAGAUUCCUGAGGUGAUAGAGGAGGAUCCAGAGGUGCUUGAGGAGGAGCUCCCUGCUGCUGAGGAGGAUACACACGUUGAGCAGGCCGAGGAUGAGGUUGCUUCUGACGAAGAAGAGACUGCAGCUGAGGAGGAAGCAGAGGAACUGGCAGAAGAUGAGCCAGCGGAGGAACCAGCAGAAGAGGAUGGUGAUGCAGUCGAGGAGUCUUUUGACGAAGCAGUGGAACAAACUGGGGAGAACGUUGAUGACCCUGAAGAGGAGGAGAGUUUUCCUGCUGAAGAAGCUGAAGAGACAGCUGAGCAGGAGGAGGAAACUCCAGCUGAGGAAGUGGUAGAGGAGACCUUUACAGAAGAAGCUGUUGAGGAGCUAGCUGAACAGGAAGAGGCUAUGCCAGCUGAGGAAGUGGUAGAGGAGAGCUUUUCAGAAGUAGCCGCUACACAAGAGGAGGCUGUUCCCUCAGAGGAACCCGCAGAAGAAGUGGUCGAGGAUGGGACUGCACCAGAGGAAGUGGCUGAGGUUCCUUCAGAGAAGCCUGCUGGAGAGGUUGCUACAGAGGAGGCUAACGCUGCAGAAGAAGAAGCAGGACACUCAGAAGAUGAAGCUGUGGAAGAGACAGCACUCCCAGAGGAACCUGCUACUGAGAAAGAAGCACCUUCAGAAGAAGAAGCUGAGGAGGAGGAGGAGGAGGAAGUAUUCUUAGAUGAACCAACUAUGGAAGAAGCCGUCGAGCAGCAAACUGACGAGGAAGAAGCUCCUACAGAAGAGGAAGUCGAAGAGGCUACAGAUGGAGCUGACAUGGAGGCAACGCCUGAAGAAUUAGACGAGGAUCAAACAGUUCCAGACACAGAAGAGGUGACAGAAGAGUUAGAGGACGAAGCAGAGGAAGCAGCAGACUUUGCUGAGACAGAGGAACAGUUUAAGGAAGAGCCCACAGAAACGUAGAGGCAGCAGUGUUCACUUUGCUGAUGGAGCAGAGACCCACUGGACCGGCACUAUCUGAGCAUUCUCAGAAAGAUGCAUCUCUCCUCAUACCAAGCAGUUUCCAUGACAGCCCUAUCCCCAUCUUCACUUCCUCUUUUUAAAACGUUCCUUUAGUAAAAUGUGAGAUGAUGGAUGAAUUGUUUACUAAUAUGGUAUUCCUCAGUUUUCCCCCCAACCCUGUGUUUUCAUCAUUCCUUUAUGAUUUUUUUUUUUAGCAUGUAUAUUGCCUAAUUUGCUGACAGUUUGAGGAAUGUUUGGGACCGUAUCAAACAGUUUCUUAGCUACAUUUUUAAGUCUUUAUAAUGAUUUUUUUUUUUUUUUUUUUUUUUGUGGGGCCAGAUUGUGCUGCAGUUGUAUUAUUGUUUGUGAUGAACUCACACUCUAAGUCUGGAGCUGAUGAAAUCUGCAGCCAAACACCCUAUCUGCCUCCUUAUAAGUAACCCCCUUCUCUUUUCAUCCAGCUGAUCCUGUCAGCUCUUCCCCUUUUGUCAUAGUGUCAUUAAAAGAGAUCAACUCUGGCCAGUUUAGAUUCUAUGCAAAGGUGUGGUAGCAUUUGCUUACUGCCCUCCUCACUCCUGGCCAGGUAAAUUACCACUCCUGGAUGAGCCAUAUGCUAGGACCUGCACUCUGAGGGAAAGCUGUGUGUGUGUGUGUGGUUGCGUGCGUGUGUGUGUGAUUAGGUUUUAUGCCUGUUGAGCGUUUAUCCAAUCACCUCUUUCUGAGCCCUUUUAAUCAUGAUGUUUAGUUGUUUUAGAUACUUUACCUCCUCUUGUUGUUCUUCUCAGUGUGACUGAGUGUGUCUUUGUUCUGUAAACUCCUAGCUAUUUCUUUGUGAUAUCAUUACCUGACCAUAAAAUAAGUUGUCUGAAGUUUUUAAAGUAAAUCUUCAGGUCAUUAGGUCUGAACUGUGAUGUAAAAGACGUCUGGCUCAACAUACAGACACUACUAUUUCCUUUAACAUGCCAGCUGUGGAUUGAGGCAGGAUCAAAGCAUUUUCACUCGGUGGCAUCCAAAUGUAUAAAAGAUGACCUACCUCUGACUGGUGGCAGGUCAAACAGAUCCGCCAUUGUGUUUUUGAGGAAAUCCAACUUAAACUAGCUGUGAGUCACACUAUGUUGUUUACAUGGGUAGAUUUACCUCCUGCUUCUGUCCUAAAGGGUCAAGUAGUGACAAUUUUCUACCAUUUUUGUACCAUUUAAUUUUAGCUAUGUGACAUGCAAAUCUAAUAAAAUGUUAUCAUACAAAUUUAACCAUCACUAAACUUUGCAUAAAACUUGGAGCAUUUGGCAAACUGCAGAUCUGCAGAAAAAAUUAGCAUCCAUCAGCAUGUUUCUGAUGCGAUCCAAACGACAAACGACGAAUCUGUCACUGUCCUUGUUUGUCUCUAAUCCUAGAGCUAGCUUGUAGUCUGUGAAGGACGUGUGCCAGCUGUGUUUUUGUUCUGUAACACUAACUAGUCUUUUCUACUUCCUCCCUCCCUGUAAGUUGCUAUGAACUGAAUUACCUUUUUAAUUUUGAACAUUACAAACUUUAGUAAGAGAUCUUCUAGAUUUUUAAAAUGAAAAUUUAUAAAAGUCAGGAAAACAACAGGAAUUUAACCUUUUAGAAACAUGUUUUAUGAAGCGGUACAAAGCCAUGAACACUUUGACAGGUAGGUUGAAGGGACCAGGCCACUUAAGUUGUGAAAUAAAACAGGAAAAGCAAUAAAGUAAAAAGCAAAAAGCCAGAUCACACAAAGAGAAUCCCUGUGAAACGGUUCUUCAUUGCUAAUGUGUAAUCUCCAGUGGUGUACAUACCUAACUUGCCCAUGCAUCCUGACCCUGUGCAGGGUUUUAAAGCAUGAGAAGGUAAAUCGUGCAGGAAAGCCACCUUUAUAACUGGCUGCCUCUGUCUGGGUGUUUUCUGUUGUUCAGUCUGCAGGCCUGCUGCUGUUCUCUGGACAGUUACUGUGGUGACUAAAUUAUUCUGAUGCCACAAUGGUUCAUUUUUGAUGUUUGAAGUGGCACAGUUUUCUGUAAAAACAGUUCUGGAAGCUACAAUAAAAGGUUUGGGACAACACA